AUGGAUGAUAGAGUUGUAUUGAAGAUUUAUUAUUACGGACAGAUCUUAUUACAAACAUAUGAGGGAGUUCAAUUUGUGUGUGAAAAUCCAUUAGAUGUUGUUAUUCCGUUCACAUUGUCAUUUGAGGAGUUGAAAGGUGUGAUUUGUGAGAAGAUAGGCACGCAAAGAUGUAGGAGAAUAUCGUGUAUUUUGUACAGGUAUCCUUUACCUGUGUUUGGCGGAUUUGUUCAAUUUCAGACCAAGUAUGUGAUGGACGAAGCGAGUAUGCAGGAAAUGUUUUCAAUGUACAUGGAAAAUCGCCAUCGAAUAUCGUGCAUCGAGUUAUAUAUUGAGUUUGAGCAAUCUGAAGCGGACCGUAACAUUGAAUUGGAAGAUUAUAAUAGUGAAAGCGAAGAUGAAUUUGAAAGUAACUAUGAGAUCGUCGGUCCAGGUGAGGACGAAGAAGCAGCUGUUGGCGCCAUGAACGCAGAUGUGGCGGAAGUUGCAAAUGCACUAGCAAACCCGCAUCCGUUUCAAGAGCCUUCUUUCAUGCGGUCGUUGGAUUUGGGGGCUAUGCACGCACCGGAGUUUCCGCAAUAUAUGAAUCCAGCCCCUCCAGUUGUGGCGGAUGGUGAAUUCACAGUGGGGAUGGAAUUCAGCUCAAGGGAGGCAGUAAUCAAGGCAAUGAAAGAUUAUACCAUCCGGAGAGGUGUGGACUAUCGGGUAUAUGAGUCGAAACCGACGACAUUCUAUGCCAAAUGUAUAGAAUAUGGGAAUGGUUGUGACUGGUUGAUCAGGGUAACCAAAAUGCAGAAGAAGUACUGUUGGGAGAUAAGGAGGUACAAUGGAAGUCAUACUUGUACCAGGUCUACUAUUUCUCAAGACCAUUCGAAGCUGGAUUCCAAGACAGUUGCAGAAGCAAUAAAGCCGUUGGUAGAGGUUGACCCGUCUAUAAAGGUGAAAUCAGUAAUUGCUGAUAUCCAGUCAAAGUUUAACUACACCAUCAGUUAUCGCAAGGCUUGGUUAGCAAAGCAGCAGGCGGUCGAAUCAAUUUUUGGAAGUUAG